CAACAGAAUCCCAACAGAAUCCCUCAUGGCCAGAACUGCUACUUCAAACACUACAGCUAUGUAGAGACACAAGAAAGAAGGAGAACAAAUAAGGAAAGGGAGAGGAAUAGAUGGAGUGUACCAUUAGCUACAUUCCCUGCUGAGGUUAUACCAGUCUAGCAUAGUGUAGGAGGUGGCUGAAUGAGUAGAGAGACAGAGACACACACUCCCACUACCUCACUCUUACACACCACACGGAGACAGAGGCACAAACACACAGAGAGAUACACACCGGCGGAAGCAUGCAGCUUAAAGAUCCAGCUGACUCAGAGCAGGAGACGAGGAUGGACCCGGUUCAGAAGGCGGUGAUUAACCAUACCUUUGGCGUUCCGCUGGUGAAGACCAAGAGGCCCAUCAUCUCCUGUAACGUCUGCCAGAUACGCUUCAACUCUGAGAGCCAGGCAGAAGCCCACUACAAAGGCAACCGCCACGCCCGGAGAGUCAAAGGCAUCGAGACCUCCAAGAGUCGCCCCCAGGAGGGUGACAAGCCGGCCCCACCUGUCCCCCCCUCCCCGUCCGACCCCGGUGGACCGCAUACAGCCACCUCGGACAUCAGCGACCCCUGCAACGCAGACGAACCGCGCCCUCUGCCGUCACAGUUUAAUGGGGGACCUCUGCUGGCCCUGCCUCCCCUCUCCACCUCUCCCACCACCGACUCCUCCCUUGCCCCCUCUGUGUGUCCCAUGCUGACCUCCCCCACCCUCACUCCUCCUCCUCUGCUCCCCCAAUCCUCUGACUCUCCCCUGAAUUUCGGCACCACUAACCCAGACCAGAGUGGUGGUCCAGUGGCCCCUGUGGCUCCCGGGGCCCCGGCCGGCCCAGAGACAGAAGAGGACAAAGCUAAGAAACUCCUCUACUGCUCACUCUGCAAAGUAGCCGUCAACUCCCUUUCACAGCUGGAGGCUCACAACAAAGGUACCAAACACAAAACUAUCCUGGAGGCUCGCAGUGGGCUGGGUCCCAUUAAGGCGUACCCUCGACUGGGCCCCAAACUCCCGGGGGAGCUGGGAGGGGGGCCGCUGGACCCCAACACUCAGGAACGCACCUUCCACUGUGAGAUUUGCAACGUGCGGGUCAACUCUGAACUGCAGCUCAAGCAGCACAUAUCUAGUCGAAGGCACCGGGACGGAGUGGCAGGGAAACCCAACCCACUUCUCAGCCGACACAAGAAGCACAGGGGAGCUGACCUCACGUCCUCUCUGACCUUCUCUAAGGAUCUCUCCAAAUGUUUGGGGGCUGGGCUCUUGCCCAGUCCCCUGGCGGUCGCCGCAGCGAUGGCCGCCGCCGCUUCCUCAAACCACCAAUUGGCUCAGCUUCGCGCCGCAGCGUCUUCCGUCCACCACCCCUCACAUCACCACCACCACCACCUAUUACAGGGCCCGCCUCUCAGCCACGCCAUCCUAAGACCCGCCCCCGGACCCAUGCGUACCUCCCACGGGCCAAUCCUCUUCUCUCCUUACUGACUCCACCCCCCUCCACCUCGGCCAGUCAGGAGCAGCCACUCCAAAAGCACACUGUGAAGAAAAUAAUCAACAUAAACGACAAACAGCAAUUGAUAGGUUAAACAAAUCAUCGGUGAACAAAUCAAACGUAAAAAACAUCUAGAGGAGUAGAAAAGAAAGGGAAGAGGGCACCCUGACCUGAAACUCUCCCUCCAUCUCAUAGACGUGUGACUGCGAGUGAUCGACUGAUGGAGAGAGAGAGCGAGAGAGAGAGAGAGAGAGUGAUAGGAGGAGCGAUACACAGUAUGCAUUGGAUAGACUCCCCUGUUCAUCUCUCACCUCCCCACCUCCCUCUCCCCCACACACUGUGAGAUCCAUCACUGCAUAUAGCGAUAGAACAAACUGAUGAGACUGAUCGCACACACACACACACACAUAUACACACACACACAUAUAUACACACACACACACACACACACACACACACAC